GAAUUUCUCAUCCAAAAUGGAAUACCGAAGCCUCCAAUGGUCGACGAAGACGCGUGUAACACCAGCUCAAGACGCGAACGACCUACAAGAUGCUGCGUACAGCUCGUUGACUUGGUGCGGGGGCGGUAUCAACAAUCUACAAAAUACGCCUUUCAUCGCCGAAGAUACUGCGACAGAAAAAUAAAGAUUUCAACAGAGCCACUCUCAGAGUGCACAGCUCGUCGUCCAGUGCUAUAAUGUGAAAGGUGUCGCCUUAAUUCGAAACGCCUGAAGAACCAGUGAGAUCUUGUAUAACAUUUAAAAGGAGCUGUUAAAUUUUCUGGGAUGUUGACUAGAUUCAGGUCGAGGAUUCACAGUCUACAAUUUUUGAGCAAAUCUACUCUUCAACUACAAUCAGACAAAACUGCAAAUUCAGUUUGCUUAUUAUCUAUUAUUUUGCUUCUGCCAUAUUUAAUCAAAGAGUGGUCUUACAUUUUACUCCAAAGCGUUGGCCUUAUUUAUUCACUCUUGGUUUUACCAAUGGUAUUGUUAGCGAACUAUUUAUAUCCUAUUAGUGGAAUGAGGGGGAUCGCAUUGCAGAUAAAAGAACAUUGGUGUUGUAUCAAAACAGGGGUCGUCAAGUUUUUACUGAGAGUAUACAGGCCUCUCGACAACCUAGAAAGAGCCAUGAUGCAGCUUCAAAACUUGUGGACUAUGAUAAACCAGAUGAUGUUUUUCAUUCUGUGCGAUUUGGUGUUAGUACCUGGUCAAAGAGUGACUUGUCUCUACACGCUCAUGUUCUACAAUGUCAUUGCAUACUGUGUCUCCUACAUCAAGGAGCUUAUCGAGAAAGAAGAUUGGUCACCCUACGUUCACAUAACUGAACAUUCGAACAUAAAACAUUUGGCGAUGUCUGCGACGAAAAUUGUGUUAGAAUGGACCAAAGCGGUUACCUUUAUAAUUACAGUAGUUUUUAUGUUGUUAGUUUUUGGAUUAGAACAAGGUUUGGAGAACUACAAACCGACACUCUUGUACACCAUAUUUACAUGGACGUAUUAUUUGAUUACUGAAAAAGUAUUUAUAGAGCUUUCUCUCAGCUUCAUAACGUAUCUUCAAAUAUCGUAUUUGGACAACUUGGAGUCUCUGUGGGUACCUGUAAUCAUGCAAGUGUCGACGGCGAUAAUAUCUCUCUUAUUUGCCAUACCAGUAUUAUUAAAUAGCCAGUACAAAUGUUUUUUAUUAGGUAUUUAUAAUAAUGUUUAUUUAAGACUGAAAGAUACAUACUAUAAAAGUUUCAAUGAUCUGAACACCGAAAGAAAUAUACUCAAACAGUACAGGUAUGCAACGAGAGACGAGCUUGUCAAGUUCGAUGACGUCUGUGCAAUUUGUUUGAAUCCUAUGAAACUGGCAAGGUUCACACCCUGUCAUCAUAUAUUCCAUGGUGAUUGUCUGAGGAAAUGUUUGAAAACAUCAAACCAAUGUCCAAUAUGUAAAAGAGAAUUUGUAUUUGAAUAAACAUUUCAUAUAUUUAAUUUGUUUUAGUAAAAUAAACUUUUUUUUAUUGUAA